UCUUUUUCACACCUUGCCAAUUCUGAAAGGGCUCUUCGCAAAUGUGCCAUCCUAUAUAACAGAGUGAGAGAGAGAGAGAGAGAGAUCUCACAACACAUGUGGGGUUCUUUCAGACAGUGAGCAUGACUAAUUGGUGUCUUCCCACUGGAAUUUGGUUUCCCACAUGUGGCAAGCACGAGUUUGAUUCGCCUACAUGAGACCCCUCCCUGUGCCAUCAGCUGCACAAGAAGCUGCUCAGACUGAACGUUCUUGGAUCACUCACAGAGCCUCCCCAACAAGACAUUCGUCCUGUGGAGAGCAAAUAGAGCUGUAAUCACGCCGUGGGGAUGGAGAGGAAGAAGAAGGGGUGGUUCGAGCGCAUCAAGAGGCUCUUCGUCUCCGAGCCCAAGCAGAAACCGAAACCAGAAAAGAAGGCGAAGAGCAAGAGAUGGCUGGUGGGGAAGCUCAAGACCCAGCACUCGUUCGCCCUGCCGGCUCCGGAGCCGGCGACGGAUCAGAUUCAGAUCAGGCAGGCGGAGAACGAGCAGAGCAAGCACGCGGUGGCGGUGGCGCUCGCCACGGCGGCGGCCGCGGAGGCCGCCGUCGCCGCCGCCCACGCCGCCGCCGAGGUGGUCCGCCUCACCGGGCCGCCGCCAGAGUCGCGUCGUCAUCAUCCCGCGCCGUCGUCCGGCCAUGAACACGCGGCCGUCGCGAUCCAGUCGGCCUACCGUGGAUACCUCGCGCGGAGGGCGUUGCGGGCGCUCAAGGGGCUGGUGCGGCUGCAGGCGCUGAUCCGCGGGCAGGCGGUGCGGCGGCAGACGGCGGCGACGCUGCGUGGGCUGGAGUCCCUGGUGAAGAUCCAGGCCCGGCAGCGCGGCACGAGGGCCGCCCCGGAUCACCCCGACGACGACGGCAUGGACGCCCUGCUCAGGAGAGGCCGGGAGCUGUACGCCGCCGCGCUGCAAGAGCAGCAGCAGAACAGCAGCAGCAGGGGGUGGGACGGCAGCACCCUGUCCAAGGAGGAGAUGGGUGCCGUUGCGCGGAACAGGGAGGAGGCCGCCAUCAAGCGCGUGCGCGCGCUGCAGUACGCCUCCCUCCAAAACGAGAAGAUUGGCAUCAGGAGGCAGCCCAUGUCCAGGGACGAGAUGGAGACGCUGAACCAGCGGUGGAGCUGGCUGGAGGAGUGGGUCGGCUCGCAGCCUGCGCCCUUCGACAAGGACGUCCCCGUCGCGCACCAGUCUCCCUGCAGGGACGUCGCCGUCGAUUUCGUCGCGCGCCAGCAGCCGGCGCCGCCUCGCUCCAGGGACUCCCUCGCCUGCCUCGGCGACGACGACGACGAUGACUACGACGGCGGCAGCAGGCGGCUCGGGUACUCGUCCAGGCGGUCCUUCGUCCGCGCCAGGCGCACGCCGGGGAGGGCGUCGGACUGCGCCGACGGCACGCUCCAGCACGCGGCGUGCUCGCCGGCCGCGUUCCCGGGGUACAUGGCGUCCACGGCCUCCGCCAAGGCCAAGUUCCGGUCCAUGAGCACGCCCAAGGAGCGCUUCGCCGUGGCCUCCGACGCCUACUCGGAGCAAUGCUUCCCGUCCUUCGCCGACCGCCUCAUGUCGCCCAUCCCCUCCAUGUCGCCCAUGCCUUCCGUCGCCAGCGACAUGGGCUUUGCUCGCUCCGGCAGGCCGCCCGUCGCGCAGAGGUCGCCGCGGGUCAAGGGCCCCAUGACGCCCACGAGGUCCCGCUCCAGGAGGUCGCCCAGCCGCCACAGCUUUGGCUCCGAAGCUGCGCUGCACCAGUUGCAGAUGGAGCAGUACACCCCUGUUCGGUAAAACACAAAGUUCUUUGUAACGCAACGAACACUGCCGCAGUGCGUCUCCGGUCCCACGUUUGAGCGGAAGAAAUACCGUGCUGUGUGUCUGUUCCGCUGUUCAUGUUUUCUUUUUUUCACUCAAACUGAGCUAUGCAGUAAUUCAAUAUGGAUAUGCAAAACCUUUUA